AUGACGAUAGCAGCAGGGAUCGGGUACGCCUUGCUAGCGCUAGGCCCGUCUCUCUCCCUCUUCGUCUCUGUUAUCUCCAAAAAACCCUUCUUGGUUCUCACCGUACUUUCAAGCACAUUGUUAUGGCUCACAAGUCUCAUCGUGCUGUCGGGAAUAUGGAGGGCAUUUCUGCCUCUCAAAUCAUCAACAUGGUGGCCCUAUAGCAUUCUCAUAUUCACAUCGGUUGCGUUUCAAGAAGGGCUUCGGGUUCUUUUCUGGAAGGUCUACAAGAGAUUGGAAGAUACAUUGGAUGCUUUUGCUGAUAGGGUCUCUAAACCACGCCUAUAUCUGACUGAUAAGAUGCAAAUUGCUCUGGCUGGAGGUUUGGGUCAUGGUGUGGCACAUGCUGUGUUUUUCUGUAUCAGCCUCUUAACACCAGCAUUUGGUCCAGGAACUUUUUUCGUUGACAGAUGCUCGAAGAUUCCAUUUUUUCUUCUUUCUGCACUCAUUGCCCUUGCAUUUGUCACAAUUCAUACUUUUUCUAUGGUCAUCGCAUUCAAUGGAUACGCAGAAGGGAACAAGGUGGACCAGUUUUUUGUUCCUAUUGUUCAUCUUGUUGCAGGGAUGGUGACGCUAGUAAAUUUUGCAUCUGGGGGUUGUAUCAUCGGCAUUCCUCUCCUGUACUUCAUCGCAAUAUUGACCUUAUUGCAUUGCGGGAAGAUGGUGUGGAGAAGGUUAACAGAGAACCGAGGCAGACAGGGUUCUAUGUAG